UGCGCGCGCUACUGCUGUUGAAAUAUUCAUUCGCAGCACCUCAAAGGCCCUUUUGCCUUCCAACCCACCUGUAUGCUCCGCUACAGGGAGACUAUGUGGGAAUAACCACUAAGGAUUAGCUCAUGUUGACAAAAUGUGGGAGGAAUCCACUGCAGUUGGUUAAUUUAACCACCUCCUUAAAAAAAGAAGAAGAAUCAAAACAGAUCUUGUGGACCUUGGAUGUUAGAGGAAGUGGAAUAAGAAAGGAAAGCUUUCCGCAGCUCAGACAUUGACGCCAAUUGGCUCAGAKGAAAUCACCCACAGAGCCCGUGCGUGUUUUGUGUGCGCGCGCACACUCUAACGAUUGCGCCGAAAGUCCCCCGCUUUGAAAUGCGCGUCGGGAUUCCACAAAAAUAAACCGCAACAGGCAGGUGAGCUCCUCCGGAGCACCACAAGAGUCAACAGGCUGCACCGGUUUCCCAGCUGAUMAUUUUCGUCUCAGCUGAGGAAUUCUCGGAGUUCACAGAGACCAUUCGAGCCCAGAGACGGAACAAGCUUGUCGGYAGGAUUCAUCUUGCAUGGAGGCACCGUUUUGGACCGUAAGACCGAAGCUGGGGGUAUGAAAAUCCCCCGGAGGCAAGGCUCGAAGCUUCUUUUUUUAUGGCAUCUCAAUAUCUCUGCUGUUUUAAUGCGCAACGACACCGACCUGCCACUCUGAGAACCUCUCCAACCGGGGCGCAGCUGAUGGAGACAUCUCCCCAUCUUUUCACCUCGGAACCAGUUUCUGAUCUCGUCCACAACUAUAUUYCCUAAGUUGUUUUGUGAAAAAAGCUGAAGAAUAAGGGGAUAAAAAGAGACACAGAGAUAGGAAGCGGGUGGGAGGACACGUGGUUUAUCUCGAGGCGCACUUGUUCCAAGUGCGCGUCUGAGCCUUUUCCUCCUCUUCUUGUAACUAUUUCACAUUUCUUUUUGAAGAAAAAAAAAUGUAAAAACGAGGGAUAAGACAAGUGGAAUUAUUUUCAGCACGUGGAUGAUCUUGACAGGAUUGUUGCCUUGGAUUUGAGAGGAAGUUGGGGGAAAAAAGCAUCGGAGAGGCAAGGAGCAGAGGACAAGAUUUUCGAAAGUGGAGCUCCGAUUUUCACGGAUUACUGGGAUUUUUUUUCUCAUUCUCUCGAACACGAGUGAACGUGCUCUUCUUUGAUGUCUGACAAGACAGUUGGGCGGCCAUGACUAGCGAGGAGGAGGAGGGCCUCGGUGUUGCAWCAUCAACAGCGACAGCACCGUCAGCAGCAACAAACUCCAGGGUAACAACUGCCACAGGCAGAGGCAGCCACAAUGAUGCCGCUUCCUCCUCAACCCCAUGCAGGCCCUCCCAUUACUCCCACCGCUUUCCAGAGGAAACAGAGGCAGACGUAGACGAGGAGCAACGAAUUGUUCUAGAAGAGAGGAUUGUAGAAGAAGAAAAGGAGCAGGAGGUGGUAGUGGAACGUGAGCGGGAGACUGAUAAUGCUGAUGAGGAGAAUGAUGGCAGCAGUGACACCAGCGUGUUGAUCGUGCCCUAUCCUGAGCUGGUACCUGUGGUCUUCUUCUGUCUUAAACAAACAACCUGUCCUCGCAGUUUGUGCAUCCGAAUGGUCACCAGCCCRUGGUUUGAGCGAGUGAGCAUGAUGGUAAUCCUGCUAAACUGUGUAACCCUGGGGAUGUAUCAGCCCUGUGAGAACAUCGACUGCUCUUCAGAACGCUGCCAAAUACUACAGGCAUGCGCAUCCUGGUAAACCUGCUGCUUGACACAUUGCCCAUGCUGGGCAACGUGCUCCUCCUCUGCUUCUUUGUUUUCUUUAUCUUUGGCAUCAUCGGGGUGCAGCUGUGGGCGGGGCUGCUAAGAAACCGCUGCUACCCGGAGGAAAACUUCACACUGACUGCGGGUGUAAGCCUUCCUCGGCCUUACUACAUGGCUAGUGAGGAUGAUGAGAGGCCUUUCAUCUGCUCCUUACCUGUGGACAAUGGCAUCAUGUCCUGCUCGGAUGUCCCAGCCCGGCGUGAAGGAGGACGAGCCUGCUGCCUAGAUAAGGAGGACAUCCUGUACCGUCAGUCACUCGGACUGAGCCCUGAACCUCUGACCAAUGGCAGCAUCAGUGUAGCCGGUCUGUGUGUCAACUGGAAUCAGUACUACACCAGAUGUAAUACAGGAAGCAGUAACCCGCACAAAGGUGCCAUCAACUUUGAUAACAUUGCCUAUGCUUGGAUWGUCAUAUUUCAGGUGAUCACUCUGGAAGGCUGGGUGGAGAUCAUGUAUUAUGUGAUGGAUGCUCAUUCUUUUUACAACUUCAUCUACUUCAUUCUACUAAUAAUAGUUGGUUCGUUCUUCAUGAUCAAUCUGUGCCUUGUGGUCAUCGCAACCCAGUUCUCAGAGACUAAGCAGCGGGAGCAUCAGCUGAUGCAGGAGCAGCGGGCUCAGUGUUCUUCCUCCUCCACGCUUGCCAGUGAACCGGGGGAUUGCUAUGAAGAGCUCUUCCAACUGGUGUGCCACUUCCUCCGCAAAGCCMGGAGACAAACUGUUGCCCUUUUUUACACCCUGCGGGGGAAACCUCGUGGUUUCCGUGGUGUUGGGAGAGGAAGAGGAGGAAGGGAAGCGAAGGAGAGGAAGGCCAAUGGACGGGGAGGGCAUGAGAGACGACUGAUAAGACCUGGUCCUCCUUGUCCUCAUCAUAACAAAUYAGAUUACAACUCUACUGCUGAGCCRAUGGCACUCACUGCCACCUCUGCCACAGACGGCUGCCCUCAGUGUGCUUCAGCACUGGCACUCAGAGAUGGCCUGGGACCUGCGUGCAAUGUAGCUUCUGAUAAAACUGAAGAGGAGGGCAUGGAGGAAACAGACGGGGACGAAAAGAAGUCUGGCAGUAAAAAAAAGGGCAAGAAAGGCCAGAAAAGUGCUGCGAACCAUGCUGACUGUAGUCCUCRGAAACAAUGUCAGAGAUUAUGGAGCCAGAUGAGGAAGAAGCUGUGGGGCAUUGUAGAAAGCAAGUACUUCAACAGAGGCAUCAUGAUUGCCAUUUUGAUCAAUACCAUAAGCAUGGGCAUUGAACACCACGACCAGCCAGAGGAACUGACAAAUGUUCUGGAGAUUUGCAACAUCGUCUUUACUAGCAUGUUCUCCUUGGAGAUGAUCCUCAAGCUCACAGCCUUUGGCUCCUUUAACUACUUGAGGAACCCCUACAACGUUUUUGAUGGAAUCAUUGUUAUUAUAAGCGUUUGUGAGAUCGUCGGCCAGUCGGACGGUGGUUUGUCUGUGUUGAGGACAUUCAGGCUGCUGAGGGUCCUGAAGCUGGUCAGGUUCAUGCCAGCUCUCAGAAGACAGCUGGUGGUUCUGAUGAAGACUAUGGACAAUGUGGCCACCUUCUGUAUGUUACUCAUGCUCUUCAUCUUCAUCUUUAGUAUCCUUGGGAUGCACAUCUUUGGCUGUAAAUUCAGUCUGAAGACAGAGACAGGAGAUACAGUACCAGACAGGAAGAACUUUGACUCCCUGCUCUGGGCCAUUGUCACAGUUUUUCAGAUUCUGACCCAGGAGGACUGGAAUGUGGUUUUGUACAAUGGCAUGGCAGCCACCUCACCGGUUGCUGCUCUUUACUUUGUGGCACUCAUGACAUUUGGAAAUUACGUUCUCUUCAACCUGCUGGUGGCUAUCUUGGUAGAAGGAUUCCAGGCAGAGGGUGAUGCCAAUCGCUCCUAUUCUGACGAUGACCAUUCUUCAUCCAACUUUGAUGAAAGCGAGAAACACGACUCUAUAAAGUYGUCUGAUCCCAGGAUCUGUACAUUAACACCAAAUGGCCACGUGGAGCUCGGAGCCCUCUCAGGCCCCCGGGGAUCCUACUCUUCAGAAAAGAGAAGCUUCACUGAUGAGUCCAGAAAAAGCAGCGUGAUGAGCCUCGGCAAGACCAGCCUGGAGAGACGCUCUCUUUCUCUGCGCCAUGGUCGCAGUUCGAACUACCACAACUGGGGACGACCUUUUCCUCCACAGUCUGGGUGGAGUCGCAGGUCGAGCUCCAACAGCCUUGGUCGGCGGAGUUACGGCUUUGGUGGGGCUCCUCCAAUUGGAGGCAGCCUUCGUGUCCGCUCCCCCUACUCCUACAACUAUGCUUCGGAGCAGGAGUCCCUUCUGUCUCAUCCUUUCCACUCCCGUCAUCCUCCUCCCCUUCAUCAUCCACCCCCGCCCCCGCUUUUCCGCUCCAGGCAUUUUGGUGUGAGAAGGGAUCGACGAGCUCUUUCCCUGGAGCUCCCUGAGUUGCUCCGCACAGGGGGGCCGCCCUCAGGGCAGCCGCCCAUUCAGAUUCCAGAACCAGCUAGGAGGAGUGGGUCUGGGGCUGGGGGUUCCCUUACAGCGGGGUCUGGAACUGGUAGCAGUUUGGGAGUGGGUCACCGUGACUGUAACGGCAAGGCUCCAGGCCACCACACUCGCCUGAUAACUGACGUUUUCCCUCAAGUCAAUGCACGCAAGGACAGAGCGGAUCUCGAUGAAGAAACAGAUUAUAGUUGGUGCUUCCGUAUCCAGAAGAUGAUGGAGGUGUACAAGCCAGACUGGUGUGAGACCAGAGAGGACUGGUCUGUCUAUUUCUUCUCCCCCCAGAACAAGUUCAGACUUCUCUGUCAGUCCAUUAUUGCUCAUAAGCUCUUUGACUAUGUGGUCUUGGUCUUUAUCUUCCUCAACUGCAUCACUGUGGCUCUGGAGAGGCCAAGGAUUCUGCAAGGCAGCCUGGAAAGACUGUUUCUUACUAUAUCCAACUAUAUUUUUACGGCAAUCUUUGUGGCCGAGAUGACUGUCAAGGUUGUGUCCAUGGGUCUGUACCUGGGGGAAACAGCAUAUCUGAGGAGCAGCUGGAAUAUUUUGGAUGGUUUCYUGGUCCUUGUGUCCCUGGUUGACAUCGUGGUGUCAAUGGCAGGAGGGGCUAAGAUCCUGGGGGUUCUACGCGUUCUGCGGUUGCUCCGGACUCUUCGUCCUCUCAGGGUGAUCAGCAGGGCACCAGGACUGAAGCUGGUGGUUGAGACACUCAUCACUUCCCUCAAACCCAUUGGCAACAUUGUCCUCAUCUGCUGUGCCUUUUUCAUCAUUUUUGGCAUUCUUGGUGUUCAGCUCUUCAAAGGGAAGUUCUAUUAUUGUGUGGGUUUGGAUGUGAAGAACAUCACUAAUAAAGCGGACUGCCUGGCUGCCAACUAUCGAUGGAUUCACCACAAAUACAACUUUGACAACCUUGGACAGGCUCUUAUGUCACUGUUUGUGCUGGCAUCAAAGGAUGGUUGGGUCAACAUCAUGUACCAUGGAUUGGAUGCAGUGGGAAUUGACCAGCAGCCGGUGACCAACAACAACCCAUGGAUGCUUCUCUACUUCAUCUCCUUCCUAUUGAUUGUCAGCUUCUUUGUCCUCAACAUGUUUGUGGGUGUGGUAGUGGAGAAUUUCCACAAGUGCCGGCAGCACCAGGAGGUGGAGGAGGCCAGGCGACGAGAAGAGAAACGCCAGCGUCGCAUGGAAAAAAAGAGGAGAAAAGCCCAGAAGCUGCCCUACUACUCCUCAUAUGGCCCUGCCCGCUUGGCCAUCCAUUCUCUGUGUACCAGCCACUAUUUGGACUUAGUAAUCACCUUUAUCAUCUGCAUCAAUGUGAUCACCAUGUCCCUGGAGCACUACAGCCAGCCACAGUCUCUGGAGACUGCACUGAAGUACUGUAACUACUUCUUCACCUCCACCUUUGUGAUUGAGGCCUCUUUGAAGCUGGUGGCUUUUGGAUUUCGACGCUUUUUCAAGGACAGGUGGAAUCAGCUGGACUUGGCCAUAGUGUUGCUGUCUGUAAUGGGAAUCACUCUGGAGGAGAUUGAGAUCAACGCCUCCCUCCCAAUCAACCCCACUAUCAUCAGGAUUAUGAGGGUGCUGAGAAUAGCACGAGUGCUAAAAUUAUUGAAAAUGGCCACUGGGAUGAGAGCGCUGCUUGACACAGUAGUCCAGGCUCUUCCUCAGGUAGGAAACUUGGGUCUACUCUUCAUGUUGCUGUUUUUUAUCUAUGCUGCUUUGGGAGUGGAGCUCUUUGGGGAGUUAGUGUGUAAUGCUGACUAUCCCUGUGAGGGAAUGAGUCGCCAUGCUACAUUUGAAAACUUUGGAAUGGCUUUUCUUACACUGUUCCAAGUAUCAACAGGAGACAACUGGAAUGGUAUCAUGAAGGACACACUGAGGGAGUGCCCACAGGAUCGUCCAGGCAGCGACUAUGGCUGCCACGCCGGACUCCAGUUCAUCUCUCCUCUGUAUUUUGUGUCCUUCGUGCUCACAGCUCAGUUUGUCCUGAUAAACGUGGUGGUUGCUGUGCUUAUGAAGCAUCUGGAUGAUUCCAACAAAGAAGCUCAGGAGGAUGCUGAAAUGGAUGCAGAAAUUGAGUUAGAACUGGCCCAGGGAGGCCUCUGCUGUAUGGUGGGGGGCAUUGGAGCCAUUGCUGGGGCCACAGGUGGUGCUGCUACAGGCGUAGGCAUGGGCGGCACAACGCCUGGUGCCAUCACAGUGGGGGUGGUCGGAGGUCUGAGUGGCACGGUAAUGGCACCUUUGAGAGAUGGAGGAGGAGGAGGCAGUGUGGUCCAUGAGGGACACACACACCAUCGAUGUCGACUCUACUCACCUGCUCAGGAGAGCCAGUGGCUGGACAGUGUGUCUCUGCUGAUAAAGGACUCACUGGAAGGGGAUAUGAUUGACAACCUCUCUGGUUCAGUUUUUCAUCACUACUGCUCGUCUCCAGUCUGUAAGGACUGUAAGAGUCACCCACAGGAGAAGGGCAGCAGUGGUUCCCACAGCUCAGAGGAGUUGCCCACCCAGGGAGACUAUAAGGGGCUUCCUCUCUCCAGCUCAGGGAGUGAUGGUGGAGUUCCGGAGCUGUUUGAGGAGCUGGAUCUUUCCUCUGCAAAUAACAAAGAUGCCAGUGGAAGAACCGUCAGUGAGUUCGAUGUCCCUUCACCCUUGUUUCAUCUACCAGUUGACUUUUUUCAUCCUGCUGCUGCAGCUCAUUCAGAAAAUCACGGAGAAGGUGUGAGACCAAGAGACAGGGGCUCAUCCGGGCUGCCCUCCCCAGCAUCCUGGGCCUCGCUCCGCUCACCAGGAGCAAACAGCAAGCCCCUUAGCUUCCAGCACACGUCCCACAGUGACUCAUCUCUGGCCACCGGCAGUUCGGAGGACAGCCUGCAGACCACUAUGGAAAAAGGGCYCAGCUUUGGGGUCUCUCCACCUCAGCAUCUGGACUUCCCCAUUCCUCUCCUCUGUCCUAUACCCAGCCUUCCUCUUCACCCCCAGGGAGCACCCACAGUAGACCAGGUUCCAUCUUUGCUUAAGAGGCGGAGUUCUACUGUCACUCUCCAAACCACUCAUAGACAGCAGAGGAGCCAGAGCAGCACUGGAGGUGAAAGCACCAAUCAGAGUUACCCCCAGCAGGACUCUAUGAACYGUUCAAAUGAAGAGGUACGUGCGGGAACAGGCAGAGACAGCUGCCACCAGACUCUCAAUAGCGAACCCUUCUCAGCAACACUGAACAGCCUCUCCCUGACAUCACUGUUCACACCGGACUCCCUGGCACCCACACUGAGGAAGAAAUGUAACAGCACAGGCUCUCUGGAUCAGUCAAAUGUCUCUGCACAGAGCAAAGACGGUCAUCACCUCUUCGACAUAGAUGCACAUGGCUUCUUGUCCAACCCCUGGACAGCAGGAAGGGCAAGAGGUGCACAAGAAGACAGUGAUAUGACAAGCUUGAGCAUGGAAAGCAACAAUCAGCUCACAAAUUUAAGCUCCAGGGAAAAAAGAUGAAAGCCUCGUUGCACUUCUGUAGUUGAACUGUUAAAUCAUUUGCAUUUCUGGACCUUGAACAGAUCAGGAUAAAUUUACUUACAUGUGUCCUGCGACACAAUUCUUAAACUCCUUUUCUCUUYUUGUCUGUUCUCUCUUGUUUCUCCUCAGAUUUAGCUGUUUGGGAUUAGUCUUUUCUCAAAAAAAGGAAGAAAAAAAAAGAAAAAAAAAACAGCAGUUGCUCCUGAGUUUUUACAACGUUUGCACGAGACACGUGAUAACUCAUUGUCAGGUCUUAGCAGUUGUUGCAAGGGGAUUAAGCCUUUUUAGCACAACCAAGAUUCAGCCUUGAAAGAUGUGUCAUUUCCAGACUUUGUAUUUGAACAGUCAUAACACAAUAACAGUCAUGAACUUGAAAGAGAUACAAGCAUCAAAGAAUUCGGUGAUUGAUAGACAUCACUGAUGAAACAGGGCUUGCCUGACCUCAUGUGCCCACAGCCUCCGUGCAAAAACAAAAAGUCAGAACAUGACUGAUGGAAAACUCUGACCCUAAUUUUUCAAYAAAUGAACUUUGUACAGACA